UUUCCUAGUCGCGUUCUGGACUUGGUGUGGAGCGGGAGGCGUGUGCCACAGUGGCUGCCUGGUCAAGCUCGGAGCGGAGCGCGCAGUGCCCGUGGCCGUGCCGCAGUGCUCAGUGGUGUUGCCCAUCUACCCCAGGCACUUGCCCCACACUCAUAGCGGAUCCCACGCCCAACACGCAACAUUACAAGCAGCCGCGGGAGCGCAGCCGCCGCCCUCACACAAACCGCCCUGUACCGCCACCGCCAUCUUGAGUCGCCGCCUCCCCCUCCUCCGCUGUUACUGUUGCUGCCGUUGCUGCUGCUGCUGCUGCUGCUGCCGCCCUUGAGGGCACCGUGCCUUGCUGCAGCGGCAAGCCCCGCGCCCUGCCCCUUACCCAGCCAGUGCCCUUGGUGCUAGUCUGUGCUGCCCACCAUGGCCCCCCAGUAGGUGGUGGUCCGCCACAGUGCGUUCGUGGCUCGCCGCCCCCAGCACGGCUCGCGCCCCAGAGUGUGUGUGCCGCCCGCGGCCGCCCGCGCCCCGGGAGCCUGGGGGACCAGCAUGAGAGCGCCUCCCCUGCUGCCCCUGUGACCUCACUCACCAGCUCUCACUGCCUCCACUCCCCCGGAUUUUUUUAGUUUUGUAAUUUUUAGAAAUGAAUGAUUUGGAUAGUUUACGACAAGAAGCUGAAAGACUAAAGAAUACUAUUCGAGAUGCACGCAAAAAUGCACUGGACACCACACUGGCUCAGGCCACAUCCGGGAUGGAACCUAUUGGCAGAAUUCAGAUGCGAACCCGGAGAACGCUUAGAGGACACUUAGCCAAGAUAUAUGCCAUGCACUGGGGGUCUGACUCGAGGAAUUUGGUAUCCGCAUCUCAAGACGGCAAGCUUAUAGUAUGGGACAGUUAUACCACAAACAAGGUGCAUGCCAUCCCCCUCCGGUCCAGCUGGGUCAUGACCUGUGCCUACGCUCCCUCGGGCAGUUAUGUUGCCUGUGGUGGCCUUGAUAAUAUCUGUUCCAUAUACAGUCUAAAGACAAGAGAAGGCAAUGUGAGAGUCAGUAGGGAGUUGCCAGGUCACACUGGCUAUCUUAGUUGCUGUCGGUUUGUAGAUGAUAACCAAAUAGUCACAAGCUCGGGAGACAUGACCUGUGCUCUCUGGGACAUUGAGACUGGUCAGCAGUGUACACAGUUCACUGGCCACACUGGGGAUGUCAUGUCCCUAUCAUUGUCACCUAGUAUGAGGACCUUCACAUCUGGUGCCUGUGAUGCCUCGGCUAAGCUGUGGGACAUCCGAGAUGGCAUGUGUCGCCAGACCUUCCCUGGACACGAGUCUGACAUCAAUGCUGUCACCUUCUUUCCUAAUGGGCAUGCGUUUGCUACGGGCUCUGAUGAUGCCACUUGCCGCCUGUUUGACAUCCGGGCAGACCAGGAGCUGGCUAUGUACUCUCAUGAUAAUAUUAUUUGUGGCAUAACAUCAGUUGCAUUCAGCAAAUCAGGCAGACUCCUGCUUGCUGGCUAUGAUGACUUUAACUGCAAUGUCUGGGAUUCAAUGAGGACAGAGAGAGCUGGUGUACUGGCAGGCCAUGACAACCGUGUCAGUUGCCUGGGUGUGACAGAAGAUGGCAUGGCAGUGGCCACUGGCUCGUGGGACAGCUUCCUCAAGAUCUGGAAUUAAGCCAGUCCCACCACCACCACCACUCCAGUAUCAACAUCAGUAUCUUUUCAAGGAACCAAAUUCCCUCUUAGGAUACAGUCAAAAAAGAAGAUUGGUGUUUGCAUGCCUGCGUGUGUGUCUGUGCAGCCACGCUUAUGAUAACACCACUCUUUGCUUCACGGCCACCAUUGGCAUGGGUCACUCGUGUAGUUGUAUACUGAGGAAGCAUGUUUGAUGGGCUUGAGUGGAUAUUUCUUUUUCAUUUUUUGAUAUUGAAAAAAAUUAGAUGAAUCAGUGUAAAUGAGUUUGUGAGAGUGGGAAAACAAUGGGGGACUACUAGUUUUGAUGAACGAAGUGGCCCUUGGGGUAGCGGACACGGAUGUAUCUGGCAUAACACUAAGACAAGUCUGAUCAGUUAAUACAACAACAAAAAAAAAAAAAAAAAAAAAAAAAAUGGAGCAGUUCUUUCAGUGCAGUGUGUCCACCAGUCCAGGGGCCCCAGCGGCUGUGACCCGGCGAUGGUGGUGACAGCACACACGCAGAGGCCCAGGUGGCGCUGGCUCGUGAGUAGUCGGCUCGAGGAUAGUGAAGAUGAUUAAAAGCAUCGCACCAGUGGUGGGAGUUGCUGCAUCUGAAUGGGUUCAGCUCUGCCACCAUUCUCUUCCUUUGAUGUCUAGUCAGCCUGAUGGAGUUGCUGCAUGACUUUGAUGCUGAGUGUUUCCGUGGAAGCGGUGGUGGCUGGCACGUGAUUCCCAGCCCCCCCCCCCCCUCCCCCGAUAUUGAGCAGACGGGUGCUGCCAGCAGACCUCCCGGCCAGAGCUUGGCAAGCCUCUGUGGUGGCGGUGGCAGGCAGCCGAGAUGCCAUGCCUGAUACAGUCACACCUUGCCUCCCCACCCCUGCUCCUGCCGCUGCUGCUGCUUGCCACGAGGACAAGUGAAGACUGCACCUGUAUCGGCCACACCUAAAGCUCAGGUCCGGGCUGAGGGGUAAGCCCAGGUGAACGCUAAGGUAAUGUGUUCAUAAUGCCUUAAGGCAACCUCUACACUCCCUCGUGUAGGUGUGGAGAAAAGUGAGGUGCUUGAGUAAGACAAAAUUUUGUCAUGUUCCCUGGUCCACUGCUGCUUCUCGCGCGCAUGUUCUGCUCUUGUCAGGCCAAGCACCCAUUGAUGGAUUCAUCUAACAGGGGAAAACUAUUAUCCUUAUUGGGACCACAUGGUGAUAGUGUAAAAUUGGAAUCGUUCAGAGAAGCUGAAAUCUUUGAUACAGUUACCCUUCCUGCGUAUGAUCAUGAGCGUGCACUUAGAUUUUGGAUUUAAGUGCCAUUUUCAUGGUGACCUCAACUGCCAAUGUAGUUUUAAUUUGGGCAAUUCUUAGUUAGAUAAAAACAUUUGUACUCCCUUAAGCUAAUCCAAAUCUGAAAAUCAAUCAUAUUGCUUUAUUCAGUCUUGUUAAGAUGGUAAUCAGUGAAAUAUCUCCCUGAUAGCUUGUUGCAUUAGUGUAGCCCCAGAGCUAAAGUUAUCUCUUGGAUGAAAAGACACCUUGCAUUGGACUCCUUAAGCCGGAGCACAUCACAUUACUAUCAGUGUUUGUUGGUAUCUGUAUUGACUUUUGUUGGGUUAUAUUCCUGCAAUUAUUUCUCUUGUAGUAAAUAUCUGUGAUGCCAAAUGUGCUGAAGGGCAGUCAAAAGUUUUAGUGGAAUGUAUGUUAUGAAAAGAAAAUCUGAAUGGCUUCAAUUGAGUUCAGUGACAAAUUGCUCAGAUUGCAUUAUAUGUAGAAUGUGAUGCAGAUUCAUAGGUAAAUCCCCCAAAAAAGAAACUCGAUGAAAAUGGAAAACAAUUUCAACACUGUGUAUGUAGUUCCAUUUCUAUCCGAUCAGAAGAAACAUUGUAAAAGGAUUUCCAGUAGAGGGGAACUGCUCCUAGGAAUGUCCACCUACUUAAAGCGUAAAGUGUUUCAAGUUACGCACAAGUACUAGUAAGAGGAAAGCACAAAAGGGUAAUUUACCUGGUUUAAUCAGUGACAUUGAUGGACACAAAGAACAAUCCUAGCUCAAUUCUAUUGCUGUAAUUAUUUUUUGUCCCACAUCUCAUGUGUGUCAGAACCCAGUCAUCUGCAGCUUCCUCUGUACCUCAAAUCCCAUUCAUUUAACCCUUCUCCAUAUUUCCUUCUGUGGCUGCCCAAAUCCUCCUUAAAUGUCACAAGAAAGCUCAGCUUUGUUGUGCAAAUUUUCAAUGAUUGCUGAACCAAUUUGAACACAAUAUCAGCAUUUCAGAAUACCUGAAGAAAGUUUAAGUAAUUAUUUAUCCCUUCAUUUUUAUGUUGAUUAAUUGUGUAUGAUUAUUUGCCAAGCGGUGAGUGUGUGGCCUCUGCCUUUCUGACAUUACCGAACAAGACCAGACAAACGGGUAAUAAGCCUGGAUCUGUCCCUGCUCUCUCCGCCACCCGGAAGCUCAUAGAACAGCCAAACAAUUUCUUAGUGACCAUCUUUAAGAAAUGCAAGGGCUCAGGGCUGUUCUAUGGCCCUCUGGCUGUAAGGGGGAGCCCAUCUGGCCGUCUGGGAUGGGUUUGUUUGGUCAGACGGCGACGGGGUGCCAGUGAGGGUUCACCAUGCAUCUCUGGGGCACCUUAUGUUUCAGUUGCUGCUUCCCAUAUCCCUGUGUUUGUGCAUGGCGGUGCCCAUGUUGCCCACCAAGCACCCCUCACUCCUGGCCCACUGCCUCGGAAGCAUGGCUCAGAACUCCUGCUGAGCACCCAGUCCCGCGGUUUUGUCUCAAGGGACUUUACAGUGAGGCCACACACUCACUUGAAUGUCCAAGUUUCUAAUAAAAAAUAAUGGUAGUUUUUUCUCAGCCAAAAAACAUGUGUAAAGAUAAAAUGGUAUAAUAGUAGUCAGAUUUUAAAACCCUUUUCCGGGAGUGUGAAGUGUCAAUUGUAGCAUUAUAAUUCCAUAACUGUAAUGAUACUAAACCAAAUGGAACCCUCUCUCCAGCGCCUUAGCCAGGAGAUGCCGGGCGCGGUGGUGGUGGGCGGGGCGUGGCGGGCCUGUAGUGAAGCAGCGUGGCUGGGGCAGGGCAGUCGCUCACCACCACGACCAGCAGCGCUCAGCCCCUGCCUCGGUCCCCCUCUCUGGGGGCUGCCCGCUGCGCCCCUUUCCCACUACCAUUAACACUCACAGACAAGUGUGCAGCAAAGUCACUCCUGCUACAAAAUUGUUAUUUUCAAGCAAACAAUGAAUUUAUGUAACUUAAGCAAGGUACGAUUUUUAUUUAGACAUGAGGUUUCUAAUACCCCAGUGAGUUGUAGAAGAAGAGUCCACCGCAGAGGCGUUACUUUUACACGAGGCGGGCCCCAUGGUGGGUCAGCGGCUACCACCAUCCUAGUUAAUGCCACCGAUAUGAGUAGCAGGAGCUGUCGGGGGGCGCGAGGGUGUCGUGAUCAACGCCUUCCUUCCCCCCUCCCGCCACUGCCAGGUGGACUGACGUGCCACCAGCAGUGUGUCGCCGCCCCCGUCGAUGGGACCCGCACACUGUUAUAUGAGGGAUUUUUCAAUUGAUCCAACUCCGGUUGUAGCUUAUGAAGUCUCGUUUGUGAAUUUGUCAAGUAAGUAACUAUCUGACUUGUCCAAUAAAGCUAUUUGUCUUUA